AUGGUGGGUCGAUACGGGGUAAAGCUCUCCCCACUCUCCCUUGCAUGCCCAUGCCUCUUCCCCCCUCCUCCCCCCUCCCCUGCAUUCCCCCCCAACCCCACACCACACCAACAGAUCUUCCAGCGGAUCAUGGCGGGGCGAUACGGGAUUUUCCAACGUAUCAUGGCGGGACGAUACGGGGUAAAGCUCUCCCCGCCCUACCUCCUUCCCGGCCCCCUGGGCUGCCACGGCACUGCCACUCGCUUCGAGUCGCUCCUACCCUCCUCCCGGGUAGGAAGGAGUGAGAGGGAAAGGGGGUAUGGCCUGCGCCUCUCCCCGCCCUACCUCCUCCCCGGCCCCCUGGGUUGCCAUGGCACUGCCACUCGCUUCGAGUCCCUGCUGCCCUCCUCCCGGGUAUGUGGGGUGGAUGGAUGGUAG